AAACGGCUAUGGACAGAUGUUUUUGGUUCACAGGAGCCACAAGCCGGGGCAGAAGAAUGGCCCCGGAGUCAUCACCCAAUGGAAGGUGGCUCACUCCGAUCCCUACCUGGACUGGGAGACGCAAGAAGCCUUGGAGGCCACGGAUACGGCCGAGAAUUCCUCGCCUCCCAGCAAGAGGCGUCGCUGCGAUGAGCCUGAUGCCAGCGACCAACCAGCGGCCCAGACUGAGAGCGAGACGGAGGAGGAUGAUCAACCGGACCAGCAGGAGUCGGAGACCUGCAAGCAUUUGGCAAUUUUGAGUCUGAAGAUCCCAGCACAAACGAGCCUCCGUGGCAUCUUGGCUGACCAAGUCCCUUUGUCCCUGGCAACUGAAGGCGUGCUGGACAUCAAAGGUCUCACGCGCACAACGCAGAGGCUCUUGGGUCAAAGCAUGGCCAAGACGCUACGCUGUCUGCUGCCCUCCAGCGCCUUUGAGGAGUUGGUGAAACAAGCGCAGAGCAAAAUCCAGGACACUGCCCGACGGGUCCUGGGCGAUGAUGCCCGGGUGAAGAGCUUUGGUUCGAUCUUGCAGGGCACCUUCCUCGAAGGAUCGGACCUGGACCUCUACAUCGUGAGAGACAAACCUGAGCUGGUGGAGAAACAUCCGCAGCAGGUGAAUGCCUUGCGCCGCUUAGAGUCCAGCCUGCCACUGCAGGGAUUUGAAGUCCAGGAGAAGCGAUAUGAGUGGCAUGUGCGUGUGCCCAUCCUGAUCUUAGUCUACAAAUCCAGUUCCUACGAAUUGCAGGUGGACAUCUCCAUAGGAGAGGCUGACCACGAGGAUGUGGCGAAGGGUGAGGUGGACCGCAUGAUCCAAGCGGCGCUGAACAAGGCACCGGUGGCACUGCCGAUGGUGCUCCUGGUGAAGCGCUGGGCGAAGAUUGAGGGCCUGAACAAGGCCUAUGAGAAGACUCUGUCUCCACUGGCAUGGACCCUGCUGUGCCUGUUCUUUCUGAUUCGUCAGAAAGUGCUGCCAUCCGACGCCCUGGCUGAAGCUUCUCAAACCGAUGCUCCCAAGAGGGAACCGGAGGAGCUUUGUAGGCACUGCCCGAAAAAGGAGGUUCUGGCCGAUUUCUUCUCGAUGGUCUGCGCCCUUGGAACGAGAAGCCGUCAGAACAACCAAGGACCCUGUGGCAUACGUGUGCUGCCAGCUCAGGAGUGUUAUGGCGAGGUCAGCGACAAAUCACUUUUCUAUGUGGAAGAUCCAGCUGCCAGGUCCAUCAAAGAUCGCAUGGUGAAUGUGGCGCGGAUGGUGAAGGACAAGGAGGUCUGGGAGCGUUUGCUGGUGCGCUGUCAGGCGGCUAAUGAGGUGCUCAGCAUGCCGCGCUUCAACCCCGAUAUCUUCUUUCGGAAGCGGGUGCUGAUGGAGACCAAGGCCAUCCAGCCGAAGCCCAUGCCGCGCCCGCCGGCCAAGCCCGCCAUUCCGCCCAAGGCACGGCCAGCGCCGGCGGCUCCGCCGCCCCUGCGGCCAACGGCGAAGCCUACUCCCAAGCCGCCACCCAAGGCGCAGCCGCAGCCACCAGUGAAGGCACAGCCGGCUCUGCCCAAAGCGCCGCCGAAGCCGCAGCCCGUACCACCCAAGGCAACUUCAGUGCUGAAGAUGCGCCAGCCCGCUCCAUUGAAGCCGGGGGUCAGCAGACCGAUUCCGGCUCGACCGAGCCAAGGUGUGCGUGAGCCACCUUCAAAGACAAAGAGGGUGCCGCAAACGCCUCCCAAGACGCCUCCAAAGAAAGAGGGCCAUCCGAAGCAAGCCAGCUGGAAGGAGCAGCGACCGCCUGUGAUCCAGCGAGCUGUGGUUCAUCCUUGGCAGGUGAACCCUUGGCCACCCCCCCGGGCCGAGAAGGAUUCGGGGUCCAAGUGGGCCUCCCAAAACUCCCAGGGCUCCCAAGGCGACCGUUGGAAGCGCCACGAGGGGGUGAUCCCGGCAGCCAAACGGGAACGCUCGCAGGACGAGAGGCAAAGGAAUGACACCUGGCAAAAUGCGCGGUGGAAGCAACGUGAAGAGGAGAAACGUGAACAGAGGACGGCAGACCCCUGCAGACAGCUGCGCGCUGUGCAGAAAGUUGGCAGCUUUUCAGUCGCUGCCGAGUACGUCGACAAGCAGUACAAGAAGGUGCAGCGAUCACUGGAAG